AGAUAUUUUGCACAUGAUAGUUAUCAUUUCAGUUAUGGUUCAUCUUAUGCAGAGAGAAUAUAACAUCAUAAAACUGCAAAGAAAGCCAGACGAAGCACAUUAUAUAUCCAGGACUUGGUUUUCUGAGAAAUAUUUUGGCUGAAUUACUUCCAUUGUAUCCAGGAAGCCAGUACGAGGCUGUGUUCCACUUUGUCUAAAAGACUGCCACUGCUAAUGAAGUGAGAUACAUCUUACAGCCAUGGCACAGGUGAGGACCUGGAUUGAGCCGAUAGUUGCCGGAGCUCAGAUUGCCAGCUCUUUCUAUGACACUGCUUUACUUCUUUCUGUAAAGAAUUAUUAUAAUCGGACAACCAAAUUCCUAAAUACCUCUGAUUCAGACACAUUACAGAAAGAGAUAUCUAACUUCUACAUCAUCCACAACCUUAUCUUGGGGUUAUCCCCUUUGCUUUCUGCCUAUAUUUUGGCUAAUAUUGGAGAUAGACAGAGAAGAAAGAUCACUAUCUGUGUGCCAUUACUUGGGUACUUAAUAUCUCGGUGCUUUUUGUUGCCUGUAAUUUUUUUUAACUGGCCAAUUGAAGUCAUGUUUGGCUCUGCAGCUCUGAACGGAUUAACAGGUUGGUUCACAACUUACUGGGCUGGUGUUAUGGCAUGGGCUUCCCAGGGCUCCUCCAAAGAGAAACGGUCUCUCAAGCUCAUCAUCAUCGAAUUAGUGUAUGGGUUAGCUGGUUUUGUUGGCAGUUUGGCUUCAGGACAUAUAUUUGUUAUUGUAAACAUAACAAACCACCAGGGUACAACACUCGUCAUAUGCAGUAUAGUGCUUUACAUGUUCUGCCUAGGAUAUAGUAUUUUUAUUUUGAAAGUACCACAUUAUAAAAUCUCACAACCUAAAAAUACAAGAGCACAGAAUCAUGGAACUGGGGAAGAUGAAACUUUCUCCACUGAACCAGCAGAAAGCUCCAGACUUCUGGAUAAUAUAGGUGAUGGACCUUUAGUGAUUCCCACAACUGGGACACCAUCAAGAAUCUUCAUUGCUCUUCUCUUCACUAGUGCCAUCUUGUACAAUAUUUCUGUGGCUGGAUCUGUGGAUGUACUGUCUUUGUUUUUACUUAAAGAACCUCUAAGCUUCAGUCCUGAGUAUAUUGGUUAUGGCAAUGCUGCUGGUUACAUGAUAUUCAUCACCAGUUUUUUAGGAGUAUUUAUUUUAUCCAGGUGGUUUAGAGAUGUAAAGCUGAUUCUAAUUGGCAUAAUAUCCUUCUCGGCUGGUAUAUUCAUCAUGGCUUUUGUACGAUGGACUUUCAUGUAUUUUAUAGCUCGGACUGUGAUGAUGUUUUCUCUAAUACCAUUACCCACUAUAAGGUCUGUGUUAUCCAAAAAUAUACAAGGAUCUUCCUACGGCAAAGUCUUUGUUGUGCUUCAACUGUCACUAGCCAUUUCAGGGGUGAUUACAUCAACUGUUUACAAUAAGAUUUAUCAAGCCACGCUAGAAAGAUUCAGUGGAACCUGUUUUAUUUUAUCAGGCAUCAUUGCUAUUCUAAGCCUCAUUCCUAUCAGUGUCACGGCAUAUAAAUAUUCAACACUCCUUCAAACAAGCAGAUAGGGACCACAAACAGAAACCCUGGACAUGGCUGAGCAAGGAAUUAGAAGCUAAAGGUUAAAUAUGUAAGGUCCGUCCAGUUGGUAACGGCAGCAUCUCCCACCCUCCCAUCUGUUUUGGCUAUUGUACAAUGAGGGUGAGAUGGAUUAAUGCUUUCAUAUGUCACAACAUGAAGUGUGACACUAUCUGAGGUUUUGGUUUAUGUGAUUUAUCCUUUUAUUGGCAGGGUCAUCCUAACAUAUACUGUAGGUACACUGGGCAGCUGCUUAGGACCCCACGAUUCUAGGGGCCUUUGAGCAGUGACAGGCUGGCACUUCCAGAGCUCCUCUGCAAGCAGGUACAAAAUGCUGCCUGGAUGCUCUGAUUGUGAAUUACAAAUUCAGAAUAGCUAGGCAGAAUUCUCUACCUGUCUCCCAGCCUGCAGCCAACCUCUCAGUCUCUACAUCCAAGCACACAAAGUAGUUAUAGAAAUGCUGGCAAAGUGAUAAACGGGAGGUAUGUUUGUUCCAGUUUUCUGGCCUAUGUAUUUUAAGCCCCCAGGAAAAUUCUGUUUUGUUAAACAGACUUCAUGAGAGUUUGGGCUUUUCGAUAAAGCCAGAUAUGGAUCCUGGGGAUGUGGAUGUGAGACGGAAGGGCUCCAUUCACAAAGUCAUUUUUGGGUCUUUAGACCUUCAGCCUUGGAGCGGCUUAUUAGGGCCUGCAGAUGUAGUAAGCUGAUAUAAGCUUAGUCAGGGCUUGGCUCAGAGCCCACAACCUGGGGAAACAGGCAGCAAGCUUGAUGUGAGACACUGAUUUACUGGCUGUAAGUACUGUGCAUAUGCCCGUAAUAGCACAAGUUCAUGACUGGCUCCCAACUAACUUCCUAGCCUAUAGUGUUACUGGGACUGAAUAGGCAGAGAGUCCCCAGAAACUAACAGCACCUGAACCUGAAUUGCUAGGGGAAGUAAACCCAGCCAAAGUCCCGCUAUUCAUAAAGCGCCAAGGGGUAUAGACUCAGGCACCUAAUUAAACCCCUCACUACACCAUUGUCGUCAGUUAAGGACAGUUAUUCAGGCUCAACCUGUCUGCUAAUGUGUUAAUUGCUGGAGUUUAGGACACAGAGGGAGAGAGUGAGCCAUCAAGAAGAGACAAUAGCAUAUUUUAUUCAGGACAGCAGCCGCAUUACCUUGCACCUGGCUGUGAGCGACAGAAAGCUGUGUGUGUAGAGAAUUACAGCCAGACUGAGGGGGACAUGUACUAAGCAGUGAUAAAAGUGGAGUAGUGAGCCAGUGAAGAAGUUCAGUCAGUAUUGACGUAACAUUUAGAAUUUGCAUACUAUAAAAGUAUACAGAGCAGCUAUGUCAGGGGUGGGCAAUUAAUUUCUAUAGGGGGCCACAUGAAAAAUCUUAACUGUGUUGGAGGGCUGAACCAAUGAUAACUUGAAUUUAAUUAUGCUCAAUAUUAAUUUUCUCCCAUUAUAAAAAGCAGCAAAUUAUAUAUUUUGAUAAGAUGCUACUGGUAAUCAGAAGUUUAAGAAUAUUCUGUAAAUAUUUAUGUAAAUGUAUGAAUUGUGGUAUAGGUCAAAGAGGAAAAUAUGUAAA